UUUUUUAUCAGUUCAAAAUGGCUGAGUAAGAAGAGGAUAUAGGGGCAAAUCUUGAUCAAUAAAAUAUAUAGAGAAUAUAUGAGGAGUAAUAAAGAAUGGAAGCAAGAUUUAAGGAAAGUGGCUGGUAGUUGUUUUCUAGACCUCCAACUAAAAUCAAUGCAUCAAAACCUCUUUAAUUUAUGCAAUUAGAAUGUGAUUAUUAUACUUAAGGAGGAUAAAGUAUAGUAAGAAUGUUUGGAGUCACAGGAGAAGGAAAUUCAAUUCUAUGUCAUGUCUAUAAUUUUUUGUCAUUUUUCUAUUUGCAAUCACCUAAUGAAUUAAAUUUAGAACCAUAACAUAUUUUAUAAUUUUAAAAAGAAUUUAAUAUUUUAUUAGCAAAGCAGAAAAAUUUUAAUGGGAAAGAACCAAUCGUAAAAAUAGAAGUUUGUUAAAAAGAAUCAAUAAGAUAUUAUAAAGGAGGGAAUAAAAAAUAAAAUUAUUUAAAAAUAUAUGUAGUAUAACCAGUAUAUGUUGCUCAAAUAAGAAACUUUUUAAAAUUUGAUAAUCGAAUUGUUUGUGAUAUGGAAAUUCCUCAACUAACAUUUGAAUCAAAUAUACCUUAUGCAUUAAGAUUUAUGAUAGAAUAUGAUAUAGUAGGAAUGGGUUGGAUAGAAUUGAAAGAUUAUAAGAUAAGAGAGAAUUAAGAUAAAAUAUCAUCUUGUUAAAUAGAAGUCGAAGUAGAUUGUUAGUAUGUAAAAGCAAUUCCAUUAGAUGAAAGAUCAGAAUUAGCACCUUUAAGAAUAUUAUCAUUUGAUAUAGAAUGUUCUGCUGAGAAAGGAUUUCCAAAUGAGGAACAUGAUCCUAUUAUUUAAAUAGCCUGUAUAGUUAAGGUGCAUAAUAGAAGUGAAGAAUUAGUUAGAGUUGUUUUUACAUUAGGAGAUUGUGAGAAAAUCCCAGGGGCUUGGGUUAAAUCUUAUUUAAAAGAAGAAGAAUUACUUAAUGAAUUUUAAGUAUUCUUUUAAGGAUUAGAUCCAGAUAUUAUAAUUGGAUAUAAUAUUUAAAAUUUUGAUAUUCCUUAUAUAUUGAAUAGAGCAUAAAGUUUAAAAAUGAAAAAUUAUGGAAAAUUUGGAAGAAUUCCAACUGCUCAAUCAAUUAUAAAGAAUGGUAAAUUUUUAAGUAAAGCUAUGGGAAUGAGAGAAACUAAAGAUAUUAAUAUUGAAGGAAGAAUCUAAUUAGAUAUGAUGAUUCAUAUGAUGAAGGAACAUAAACUUUCCUCUUUUUCACUAAAUAAUGUUAGUUUUUAAUUUUUAAAAUAAUAAAAAGAAGAUGUACAUUAUUCAAUUAUUUAUACUUUAUAAAAUAGUAAUAUAUUUAUAAUUAAAAAUAUUAGAAAAUCCAGAAACAAGAAAGAGAAUAGCAGUAUAUUGUUUAAAAGAUGCUGAAUUACCAAUUUUAUUAAUGGAUAAAUUAUGUUGUUUAUAUAAUUAUGCAGAAAUGGCAAGAGUAACAGGAGUACCAGUUAAUUAUUUGUUUAUGAGAGGUUAAUAAAUAAAAGUAGCAUCAUAGUUAUUAAGAAAAGCAAAACAUUAUGAUUUUAUUAUUCCAACUGAAAAUUUUAAAUAGACAGAUUAAGAAUAUUAAGGUGCAUAUGUAUUAGAUCCAGUUAAAAAUUUUUAUAAAGUUCCAAUAGCAACACUUGAUUUUGCUUCUUUAUAUCCAAGUAUUAUGAUGGCUCAUAAUAUGUGUUACAGUACACUAUUAAAUACAUCUCCUAUAAAAUUAGGUUUGGAAGAUGAAUAAGUUACAAUAUCUCCAGAAACAAAUGCUAUAUUUGUAAAACCAACAGUUAGGAAAGGAAUGUUACCAUUAAUAUUGGAAGAUUUAAUUAAUGCAAGAAAGAAAGCUAAAAAUUAAUUAGCUUAAGAAACUGAUCCUUUUAAAAAAGCAGUAUUAGAUGGAAGAUAAUUAGCAUUAAAAAUAUCUGCUAAUUCAGUAUAUGGAUUUACAGGAGCAUAAGUUGGUUAAUUACCUUGUUUAGAAAUAUCAGCUUCUAUUACUAGUUUUGGUAGAUAAAUGAUUUAAGCUACUAGAGAUGCUGUACUUAAACGUUAUAGUAAAGAUAAUGGAGCUAAAUACGAUGCUGAAGUAAUUUAUGGAGAUACUGAUUCUGUUAUGGUUAAAUUUGGUGAAUAUUCAGUAGAAGAAACAAUGUAAUUAGGAAGAGAAGCAGCAUCUUUUGUUUCUCAAUAAUUUAUUUAACCAAUUAAAUUAGAAUUUGAAAAAGUCUAUUUUCCUUAUCUAUUAAUGAAUAGAAAAAGAUAUGCUGGAUAAUUAUGGACCAAACCUGAUAAACCUGAUAAAAUUGAUACUAAAGGUAUAGAAAGUGUUAGAAGAGAUAAUUGUUUUCUUAUUAGAAAAAUGGUUACUGAAAUUUUAAACUUUCUUCUUAUUAAAUAAGAUGAAAAAUCAGCUGUUUAAUAUACAAAAGAAUAAAUCAGAAAUUUAUAUCUUAAUAAAGUUGAUAUAUCUGAAUUAGUUAUUACUAAAUCAUUAAAUAGUAAAAAAGAUGAUAAAGAUAAAGAUAAAGAAAAAGAUAAAAAAAAAAAUUAAAAUGAAGAUGAUGGAAAUAAAUUAACUAAAAAUUAUAAAUAAAAAUAAGCACAUGUUGUUGUUGCUGAAAAAAUGUAAAAUAGAGAUGCUGCUAAUGCUCCAUCUGCUGGUGAUAGAAUUGCAUACAUUAUUAUAUAAGGUGCUAAAGGAUCUAAAACUUAUGAAAAUGCAGAAGAUCCUGUUGAAGUAUUAGAAAAAGAUUUCCCUAUUGAUUUUGAUUAUUAUGUCAACAAUCAAAUAAAAAAACCUAUCAUGAGAUUAUUUGAAUUUGUCAUUCCUAAUCCAGAAAGUAUUUUUGUUGGAGAUCAUACCAUGUCAAGAUAUAUUCCAAAAGUUAAUAUCAAUUCUGCUUUAGGUAAAUUUGUUUAAAAACGUACUGCUUGUCUUAAUUGUAAAAAAGUCAUUGAUGAAAAUCAAGCUUUAUGCAGUUUUUGCAAAGAUAAAACUCUUGAUAUUUUAACCAAAUCAUCAAUUGUAAAUUUAAAUCUUAUUUUUAGAAACUUUAAGAACUUUAAAUUAAUUAUCACAAAUAUUGGACAACCUGUUAAAGUUGUUAAGGAUCUUUAUUAGGAGAUAUUUUGUGCAGCAAUCGUGAUUGCGAAAUUUAUUAUAAAAGAAUUAAGGUUUAACGUGAUCUUAAAGAAAAAUGGGAUGAAAUUGAUAAAUUAUAUGCUUAAUAAUAAUGA